CGGGACGGGACGGGACGCCGGCCCAGCGGUGACAUUGAGGGGAGCCGGGGAGGGCCUGGGUAGCGCCGCCGGGGCGGGAGGCCGCGCCAUGUGGGGACGCGCUGAGCUGGAAUGUAAAGGGCAGCUGUUUCUCGUAGGAGAGACGUUUUCGGCUAGCAUAAAGAAGGAAAAAAUAAGUCAAUUUCUAUGUUUAAAAGUCCCCUUUUGCCUUUCAAAGUAUUUUUUCCCCCCUCAGAAUUUUUUCAUUCUAUUAGUGAAUUAGAAGCUCUUUCUUGAGAGUAUGUUUUCAUUGAUAAGGUGCCCUGUCCUUUUCUAAUACCCUACAAAAUAGGGCUGUUAAACUGCUGGGAAGAAAUAUUCCCUCAAUUCUGAGGAUGACUAAAGGAGUGGAUCCGAAGACAAGCAGGCGGCUUUGCAUUAAACCCCAGGAACAAAGUCAACUUCAGCCAAGAAGUCGGUCUCCUUUGAGGGUGCCUGGACACAAGCCUACAGACUGGGAGAAAAGAUUUUUGUUGUGGGCAGGCCAUUUCAAAAAACCAGAGGAUAUACCAGAGACUGUCUCGAUUGAAACAAUCAGAGCAGCAAAGACCACACUGCGUGUGAAGAUCAGCUACGUAAUGAUUGCCUUGACAAUAUUGGGAUGCAUAGUCAUGGUGAUUAAAGGGAAGCAGGCUGUAAAAAGGAAUGAAUCUCUUACAAGCAUAAACUUGGAGAAGAAAGCUCAAUGGAGAGAGGAAGCUACUCGGAGUACAUCUGCUAAAUCUUAGAGGAGAAAAUGAAGAGACCAAGGACUGGGAAAGAAAAGCUGAGUCCUUUUCAGCACUGGAGGGAGGGCAUAGUCACAUCUUUCCUGUAUGUUAGUUCUGUACUCUCAUGUUCAAGAAAGAAUGAAUACAUUAUCCUGUAAUUAAUAAAACCAGAAAUACCUA